GUUUACAGCUAAGCCUGUCUGUUUAUGUCAAUCUGACUGGCAGUUUUUCCUCGACGCGUACGGAUUCCACAUCCUCAUCAUAUUCUGCUCGUAGGUCUUACAUACUUCUCAAGCCAUUACGCGAACCCUCUUCCGUUAAUAUCGUUAGAGUUUGCAUCGUUUAUCAACCAGUUGCCUAAGCGAAGUCCAAUCUGACAAAACAUUACCAUAUUCGAGGUGGACUGUGGUUUACGCCUGUAUAGGUGAGCGAUAGACCAAGCAAAGGGAAGUAGGCUAUCAAAACACUGAAUUCCAAAUGGAUGGGAUGAAACCAGAAGCGACGACCGAUGAGAAUCAGGAUGAACGGGAAGACAGCAAAGGCUGCUUUGAGUGUUUCAUCAAGUGUUUGGGUGGUGUCCCCUAUGCCUCUCUGGUGGCCACCAUCUUGUGCUUUUCUGGUGUGGCUCUGUUCUCUGGCUGUGGGCAUGUGGCACUUACGGGCACUGUGACCAUGGUGGAGAACCACUUUUCUCGUAUCACCUCUGACCAUGCCACCCUUACUGAUGUGGUUCAGAUUUUGCAGUUCAUUAUCUAUGGAAUUGCCUGUUUCUUCUUCCUCUAUGGCAUUAUCCUGUUGGCUGAGGGCUUCUACACCACCAGUUCUGUCAAAGAGAUGCACAGCGAGUUCAAGACGACUGUGUGCGGCCGUUGCAUCAGUGCCAUGUUUGUGUUCCUCACCUACAUCCUGGGCUUGGGAUGGCUAUUCAUCUUCGGCUUCUCUGCGGUACCUGUUUUCCUCUUUUAUAACAUGUGGACCACAUGUGGUGCCAUGAAGUCCCCCAUCGCCAACCUCACCUCUGUGGACAACAUCUGCAUUGAUGUGCGGCAGUAUGGAAUCAUCCCUUGGAAUGCAACCCCUGGUAAAGCUUGUGGGUCCACACUAAGCGACAUCUGCAAUACUAGUGAGUUCUACCUGUCCUACCAUCUUUAUAUUGUUGCUUGUGCUGGAGCUGGUGCCACUGUGGUUGCACUGCUCAUCUAUAUGAUGGCCACAACAUAUAACUUUGCUGUGUUGAAGUUUAAGAGCUAUGACCACCGUCACACCACUAAGUUUUGAGCCUUUUGAAUAUAAGAGGGCAACAGCACACUCUGUGAAAGUUGUUCUCAGAGACACAAAGAGAGAGAAAGAGAGAGAGAGAGAGAGAGAGAUACAAAAUAAGGAGGAGAGAGAGAGAGAGAGAGAGAGAGAAAUUGAGUGAGAAAAAGUGUGUAAAUGAGAAGAGAAAGAAAAAAUAGCUAAUGUUACGGCUAAUAUUACUCUUGUGUAGUUUAAUGUAAAAACAAUUAUUGCCAUCGUGUUCCAUUCAUAAUUAUGGACAUGAGUUGAUCUUUUGACAAAAAAUGGACAAUACAUUUCACUGACUUAAUGUUUUCAAUUAAUCUAUAUAUGUGUCCAUCUAGGUACAAAUUUUUAUCACACAUAGCAUAUAGUACAAACCCAGAAUCACAUAAAUGUAUAACUGCUUGCUUAUUUAGCAUUAAUUUGAAAAUUGCUUUUGGGUACUAUGAAUUUAACUCUCCUGUCAGUCAAAUAAACCUUAAAACUAGGGGAAAUUUGUUUUCAAUUAUUAUAUUCAACCUUAGGCACCACAUAGUCCAGAAGUCAGUCAGAUAGAAAUGGCAAGUUAAGAAUGUAAAAUAGAUGAGAAGGGAAUAAUUAUGCAUUACUCUGUCUUUAAAGAUUAUAGGAAGGUUGUGUUGAUGCUCACAGACUUUUGCAUUCACUCUAUACUAUAUGUAUAUGUAAAGGGUGUGACUAUACUUUUUUACUUACACACUCUCAUGACCGAAUGUUACCGGUGGGACAUUUUGCCUGCACUACUGAAAUGUCACUUAGAUUUAUAUUCAACUCAUCACCCAAAUGCCAUUGGCUCUUGUGUGUCAUAUGACCGAUCUUAUCAUGUGAGAAUCUAAUAGAUGUUUUUGACUUCAUGGAGCACUGCGCAGAUCGAUUGGCACCAGACAUGAAGCAGUGCAUGUGGGUUAGAAAUUUUGUCCGGUUUAAGAUGGUGCCACCACAUGUCAUGGAGAUAUAAUCCAUUAAAGUACUGUGAGAGCAAUUUGAGACCAGCCGUCUGACUCAGCCUGUGCAGGUGCUUCAAUUUAAGUGCACAAGCUCUGAAUGACAACACAACUUAUUCACGAUUGGCCAGACUCACAACGUGACAAUGGUGACGUUUGUUUCAUGGGCUGAGUUUGCAAUGGCAUACUUCACAUAAUAAUCUUAUUACUUCUGCUAUAUCAUUCUAUGGCAGAAAUAGUAAGUAUGGUAAAUGCCAUUAACAUGGUGUUUAAUCUGACACCUCCAGUUCCACUAAACUAUCACAAAGCUGUGUUCUAAAAACAGUACAUCAUGUUUAUACCAUGUUACAUUAUGUUUAUCAUAGUAAUAUCAUGUUUAUUCAGAAAAACAAUUCAAAAUACUGACUUAAUUGUUAUUAAAAUAAAUAGGCUUUUAUUGGACUUUCUUCUUGUACACAUAGCAGGCACGGUAUCAAGCAGCACAUAACAUUUUAAAAUUAAAAAUGUUUCUGUUUAUUUUAUAUAAAAUUCAGGCAUCUGUAAUCUAAAUUCCACUUCGUCUGUAAUAAAGAAAGCAAACAUUGUGUGAUCUUAGGUUCAGCACAAAGUGCAAAGUGCAAAGCCGGAGCUUGAUGAUUCUCUUUUCAACUCCUCCCUUGACCGCAACCAGCAAUUCUCGCCGAUCAGUUAUGCAAGAUGCAGUUUAAGUCGAACACACCUACUGUUUGCAUGUAUUGUCAGGGAGUUAAUUUAUAGUAAUAAAUUAAUUAAAGUCUUAUGCUUUUUUUAAUGCUUCUAUAAGAUUCAGUGAUGUUUUUUGUUUGUAUUUUGUGCUGUUCUACUUGUUUAAAUUCUCAGUGAAAAACUUGUCAUACACACACACACACACACACACACACACACCGAUCACUUGAUGAUUAUCUAAUCAAAUGACAUAAAUAUGUAUUACUGUGAGGAUUAAAAAAAACAAAUUAAAAUCAGUUCCAUUUCUGAUUUGUUUAUAUGUUUCUCUUGACUGCAUGAAGAUAUUUUUCUCAAAUCUCUCACUACCUUUAAAUAUACAACUUAGCUUGCUAAAGCAUAAACGUGACUGGAUAUAAACUAAAGCAAAUAGAUGGUAAUAUAUUUUAUUUAAACAUAUGGGGAGGACUUGCAUGUUUUUUUGUCACAUUGUUAUAACUGCUUGAGGUUAGCUUUAAUGUAAGCGUCCUCUCAGCCUGGUCUGCAAACAUACAGCAUCAAGUCAAGAAAUUAAUUACUUUAUAAUGAUAUGACAACGUGUACUCUAUACAUACCAUUUAGUUGUUGGUGUUUAAAAUCUGCAUUGUUCAGCUCCGUGCAGUGUUCCUAUGCAUUCAACGUGCAGUCACAUAUGUCAAAACAACCACCAUGAGGCAUCAGUGAUAGUUUUUAUUUCGCCUCUAGAAGCCGCUCUCAUACGGCAGUGUGUAUAACGGCAGCGUGCCCUUCCCAGCCGCUCCAGCACCAGACACAACGGGGGAAAAUUAUCGCUGUGGAUUUUUGACGAUAACCAAUAGUUCCAGAAAUUGUUAUCAGUGCCGAUUAAUCGGCAAAACUGAUAUACCGGUCGACCUCUAAUUUUGAUGAUACAGGCAAAAAGUCAGUAUGGUGACAUUUUGGUCAUGAGACUCCCCUGUUUUUAACUACUUAUGAGAUUGUUUUGCAUUUGUAGAACUGAUUCUAAAAAAUACUUUGUCAUUCAGUGCCUUUAUUGUUAGAUUAAUCUGACUACUUUAAAUGUUUUAAUAUUCUUUGUAUAUUGAUGAAUUUAAACAUCAUAUAGUUUUUUGCCUUUUGUAUUAUUCUCAAACCAGUGUAGUCUCUGUUUGUGGCAAUAAUGAGAAAUAAACUAUUAUUGUGCAGAAAUCCAUUUAUUUGACUUUAUUUUAUAGUUACGGUCAGCCUUUUCUUUUACAUUUGUUCUGUGAUCAGUAGAUUUGUUUAAAUCAGCUUCUAUGUGCUAACUGCCUUCAUGAAAUAACCACAUGCCAUAUAUUCUCUUCAACUAAUAUUGAUUUGUGUAUUUAUAGAUUUAGAGCAACUAAUCGAUGCUGUCUUAACUCUAAUAGCUGGCUUUGGCUAUUUACUUAAUUCAUGACUAAUCCUUCCUUCCUCUGUCUGUCUGUUUGUCUUUCUACUUUCCCCAUCUC